CGAGUGCAGCUUGAGGGAUCAAGGUGGUGCGUGAGCUGCUGGUGGGCGCAGGCGAGUCCACGGCUUGGGCUGGACCAGCCGCUGGAGCCCCAUCUCCGUCGGCCCUAGUGGGAGCUGGAGCUUUGGGAGAAUGGAGGGAAAUAUGGCGCUUGCUACAGUGGAAGACACUGUGGAAUACCACCUUUUCCUGAUACCGGAUAAGCCAAUGGACUCCUCAAAAUACAAAGAGGUUCUUCAAAACUAUAUUGAAAAAAUAAUGACCCGAUUUGCACCGAUGUUGGUUUCUUAUAUCUGGCAGAAUCAGCCUUUCAAUCUCAGAUACAAACCUGAGAAAGGAAGUAUUCCUGCUCAUCUGUUUGGCAUCACAAAAUUUGGGGACAACAUUGAGGAUGAAUGGUUUAUUGUUUAUCUAGUAAAGCAAAUUACAAAGGAAUUUCCAGAGUUAGUAGCAAGGAUCGAAGACAAUGAUGGCGAAUUCUUAUUAAUAGAAGCUGCAGAUUUUCUCCCUAAGUGGUUGGAUCCUGAGAACAGUGCAAAUAGGGUAUUUUUCCACUGUGGGGAGUUGUGCCUCAUUCCUGCAUCAAAGAAACCUGGAGCCAUGUCCUGGCUGCCAUCCACGCCCCCGACAAUCUCUCAAGCCUUGAGUAUAAUCUCUGAACAUCCCAAUAAAAUUGUGGCUUCAGAAUCGAUCCAAGCAGCUGUGAACCGACGCAUCAGAGGCUAUCCCGAGCGAGCCCAGGCCUCCCUGCACCGAGCGCACUGCUUCCUCCCAGCUGGCAUCGUGGCUGUGCUGAGGCAGUGUCCCCGGCUGGUGGCUGCUGGCGUCCAGGCCUUCUACCUGCGUGACCCCGUUGACCUCCGAGCCUGCCGAGUUUUCAAGACCUUCUUGCCCGAGACACGUGUCAUGACAUCAGUCACUUUCACCAAGUGUCUGUAUGCGCAGUUGAUGCAGCAGAGAUUCGUGCCCGACCGGCGGAGUGGAUACCAGCUGUUGCCUCCAUCCCACCCUCAGUACCGGGCCUAUGAGUUGGGCAUGAAGUUGGCCCACGGAUUUGAGAUCUUAUGUUCCAAGUGUGGCCCCCAUUUCUUGGACUCCAAAAAGUCUCUUGCGACUAGUUCCCCACUCUGGGCUGGCUUCCUUGAAAGUCUAAAGAAGAAUGAUUAUUUUAAGGGAUUGCUAGAAGGUUCAGCUCCAUACCAGGAAAAGCUAGAAAUGGCAAAGAACUACUUUCAGCUCUCAGUGAAUCGGCCAGAAUGCUCUUUUGCUAUGAGCCCUGGUGAAGAAAUCUUAACCUUUUUACAGAAAAGCCCAUUCGAUAUAGAAGAACUUAAGAAAGAAGCAGUUAAUCUCCCCCCAGAAGAUGAUGAUCGGUGGUUAGAUCUCUCGCCCGAUCAGCUCGACCAUCUCCUGCAGGAAGCAGCUGGCAAACGAGAAACAGCACCGGAUUCUCAGGGUGCAGAGCAGCACUGUGACUUGACUCAGGUGUCUGAGAGUAUGAAAGCUUUCCUGGCCAAGGUGUCUUCCCACGAAGGAGCAGAGCUGCCUCGAGAACCUUCUGAGGCCCCAAUCACAUUCGAUGAAAAUUCUUUUCUCAGUUACUUUGAUAAGAUAUUAGGGUCAGGACCUCCUGAAUCAGAUUCAGAUGAACUGGAUGAGGAGGACUUGGAAUGUUUAGACAGUGAUGACAUCGAAGAAGAUCCCGAGUCACAGGAGUUCGAAGAAGAAAUGUCUGUGAAAGGGGCUCUUGAUAACCUCAAGUCAUACAUGGCGCAGAUGGACCACGAACUGGCGCAAACCAGUAUUGGCCAAAGUUUCAUCACACAGAGGCAAAUGGAGCCUCCAUUGCAGCCUGCUCAUGAGGAGGAGGAGGAAGAGUGUGCUACCCUGACCCCAGCUGACAUGGACCUCAACCUAGUCUCCAAUAUACUGGAGUCCUACAGCUCCCAGGCAGGCCUGGCAGGCCCAGCCUCGAACCUCCUACAGAGCAUGGGCGUGCAGCUACCUGACCGCUUGGACCCCAGACCCUCCUCUCCAUCUGGAAAAGCCUGACCGCAUGCCUGGCCUCUCCCCUGAGCUCAGUGCUCACCAACUCUGCUCAGACUGUGAAAUCAUUCACUUAAUAAACAUGCUUCUUUCAGUACAGGUUGACUUUUCCCCCA